GUCGCCCCCGAUAUCGCGAUAUUUUCAGUGCCGCGAGGUCGCUUCGAUUCCCCUGGGGAAAACCCGUGGCCGGUCGACCGGUAACAAGGACGACACACACACACACACACAGUGCUCGAAGACAGAGUGAGAACGUCGUGAAAGGCGUCGUCGUCGUCGGUCUGUUGACGGCCAACACGCCGGGGAGACGUCGGGAAACCUCGGGAAAAUUCAGCGUGCUCUCUCUCUCUCUCUCUCUCUUUCUCUCACGAGCUCGAGACGAAGUGCGGGCGGAGCGGUUCACACCUGCCUGCGGUGUUGCACACCGGCGGUUUCGGCCGGCCGGCGAUCGACACCAUCGCGGGGGGAAUAUCUCUGGGGAUCGAGCUGGAUCGGAUAGUGCCGGACAAGACACCACGUAGGCCCCCGCACUGACGGGGCUCUUUGGUGAUGUACGACAGCGCUAGCUGUUCGUACGCAGGUGCGCUCGAAUUAAAGGGAUCCUCCGGGGCCGCCGGAGCCGCGGCCGCGGCCGCCGGAGUAACCGCGGCCGGCGUCAAGCAGGAAAACUGGCCGUACCGCGGUCUCACCUGCGGUAGCACGUUUCAACGGCUCAAGGAGAGCGUCGACAAGGCGAAGCAGGCCCUCGCCGAUCGCGGGGGUUACCUGGCGGGUGCCUUUUCACCGCCCCCGCGUGCCAAUCCAUCCGCCAUUUCGCCCACAGCCUCCAUCACCGAUGCCGGCAGCUCUUACAAGGGAGGCUGGAGCCACGCCACGUCGCCGGCACCUGGUCAGGGGUAUGGAAGCAGCUUAUCGAAGUCGGCAUUGGACACGCACAGCCAUCUCAGGCAGCCUGAUCCCUACCAAAUGUUCGGAGCGACGAGCAGUCGGCUCGCGAGCUCCGGUUCCGGUCAGAUUCAGCUCUGGCAGUUUCUGCUCGAGCUCCUCUCGGACUCGAGUAACGCCGCGUGCAUCACGUGGGAAGGAACCAACGGCGAGUUCAAGCUGACCGAUCCCGACGAGGUGGCGAGACGAUGGGGCGAGAGGAAGUCCAAGCCUAAUAUGAAUUACGACAAAUUGUCGAGGGCUCUGAGGUACUACUACGACAAGAACAUCAUGACGAAGGUGCACGGCAAGAGGUACGCGUACAAGUUCGAUUUCCAGGGGCUGGCGGCGGCGACGCAGCCGGCGGCGGCCGACCCGGCGGCGUACAAGUACCAGAGCGAGCUCUUCAUGUCCGGUUACGGCCACGCCAAGUUGAACCUGAUGCCGCCGCCGGCGGCUUCGGUCUCGGUCUCCGUUCCAGGCGGCCUCUUCCAAUCGGCGUCCAGCUACUGGUCGACCAGUCCGGGCGCGAACCUGUACGCCGGCCAUCACACGGCCUCGGGACACGUACCACCUCAUCUCGGCACCUAUCCGCAUUACGCAUGACCCACCGCCGAGCACUGGGGUGCCCUGGGCACGCCGCGUUGAGGGCAGCGUUUCGAGAAAAAGGGGAAAAAAAGCAGAAAAUGAAAGAAAAAAAAAAGAGGAAACACGAACCGUCGCCGCCGGAGCCGCAGCCGUCGUCGUGGUGCCGUCGCUGCGUAAUCGAGGAACACCCCCGCGCGCCAAUUCGGAACGUACUCUCCGCUUCAGGUACUCGCAUGCGAAUCCGCCCGUUUUCCGCGCGUCUUCGUUUCCGGAGCGGUCGCAACAUCCCGAGCGGAUCCCGAGCGAGCGCAAACAGCGACGUUAUUUUCUCUCCUUGUAACGUGACGACAAGUUCACGAGUUUCCUUUGCGUUGGCGUUUCUCUCAAUCGUGCCUCGAUGCUGAAAUUGAGAGGGAUGUCCGUGAAACGUAGAAACGUGUCCGUGACGAAGACGCGUCCGGGCGGAUCUCGAUGCCCGAAUCGCUCGGUACGCUCGUCUACCGAGUUCAGUAUCGUGUGCAAUACCGUCGCAAUACUCGUUUGCAAUCCUCGGAUGCAAUACCUAAACCACACGUCGUCGUAAUUAAUUAACGAUCACUUACGAGCCGCCUGUGUGUGAACGGAGGCGAUCUCUCCGCGCGUAACGAGUGUCCUACGGAUUUGGAGUCGCCGCGGCCGACGGUGCGCCCAAAAAAAGAACGAAAGAGAGAGAGAGGGAGGGAGAGAGAAAGAGGGUAGAGAGGGAGAAAGAGGAGAGAGAGAGAGGAGAAGUUAUUGUAAGAACGUUGUACAUACAGUAUAAUGCAUUACGUUAGUACAGGGUGUGCGUCCGUGAGAGGAUUCGCAUGAAUCUCUUUACCGUUACCGUUCCCCCCCGCGGGAAAUAGACACUCCCUCGCGUCCGCCCACCCCCUUGAAGAAGAUUCCCGUCGAGGUGAAACUUGGGACUCAGUUAAUUUUUCCGCCAAAGAUAAUACAUACCAAAGAAAAUUAGUCUCUCUCUGAUUUGACAGUGACGCGUACACAUCGUGCGAGCAUACGCGUAUUUGUUAUUUCCAUCGUUUGCGGGCUCGAAGGCGAGAAACGCUGUCGCAAGUAUCGUUCCUUCGAGCAUUAUUUCGUAUAUUCUUCGACAUCGUUUCCUGUCAGGUCGCCGAUCUUGACUUGCAUCGUCGAGACGCACGGCGUAAAUUUCCCUCACGGCCAACAUUCUCCACCCCGAGAGCGGAAUGUGCGGUCGCAUCGACGGUAAAUUGAGCAUGCGGAAUCGUCGGAUCUGAAGGAAAAACGUGAGCUCGUACACGAACAAGGAACCGGCGGGAGGUUCCGCCCCCCCCUUCCUUACCCUUCGCGGAAUCGCGCCGGCAUAAUACGGUUGGAUUAAAUCGGGCAUGUGUACAUUAAAAUCAGAACGCGUCACCGUGUUAAGACCACUCGUGAUAACUUGAGUCAUCCUUCGCGUCCUCACGUGACCGUGAAAAAAAGCUGUAAUGUAAAUCUCGAUUUCCAAGGAGGUUGAUCGCUUGCUCACACCCCCGACCGUGAGAGAUGUACUCAUGUUCGAUUCAGACCAAAACUAAUAUGUGUAUCAUAAACUCUUUUAACUUAUUUGUUACGUGAUGAGACGGGUGGAGACGCCACAUAUACAUAUAUAUACACAUACAUACACACACAUAUGUAUCUACGGGAGAAAUUGAACGAAUCGAGCGUGCGGGAAACGAUCGUCGCGUAACGCAUGAAACAAUAUUUAUACAGCUACUUUUAUCAACAAACACACACAUACACACACACACACACACACUGGUCCGGGCUCGCUUGAGCGAGAAUCGCUCGUUUCUUUGACGUAAUUUUACAACGAAACCCGCGUUAUCGCGUAAUCCCCUCAUCAUCCUCCGUCAUCAGUGCAAGGAAAUGAGGGAAACAGGAAAGAAGAAGAAGCGAAAGAGAUCAAGAGAGAGAGAGAGGGGGAGAGACGUAGGCGAUAAUUAAAAGUACAAUUUUUAAGUCAUAUCAAUUGACGGCAAUCACACGCAAUCAGAAUCGUACUUUUCACACACGCACACACGCCAUCCCUUUUUAAAAUCAACGCGAGACGACAUAUGUGGCCGCUCUACCCGUGUCGAGACAGAGGGUGGAUUGCCGAGAUCGAGUUCGAUUCUGGAAGCAGGAAGCGCGCAGCGGACUCGCGACGCCGACGCCGCGUUACGUUUCCGGCGGUCUCCGAUCGCCUUCCCGAAAAAAUACAAAUACGAGUCUCACGGAGGACGCAAUUUAGAGACUUAGCUGUGAUCGAUACGUAGAAGUAAUGAAAUGUCGCCAAUAACGACGUCCAAUUCGGAAUCCUCCUCCGCGCAUAGCGCUUCCGCUGCUCGCCGAAGCGCGCGUAAGAACGACACGAAGAGAGAAACAAAAGGCGGUUUCUCGUCGGGAAGUCGCGAGGAUGGCCAGGAGCGCGCUUCCGCGUGGGCCCGUCGACGCGUUUCGGCAAUCCGUCCCGAGAAGAAGGCAGGUGUACCUCGAAGAAGCGUAACUCCUCAAGACAUAUACUGUACCAUAUUACUCUAAGUAAAGUGACCCUAAGCAUUCCUAGAGUUAACUUUAACGAUUAGCGCGCGACCCUCGAACGAAUGGCCCGUGGGACCGAUCGUGCGAUCGGCACCGCGACGGGGAACGAGAGUCAUCGGGGAUGGACAGUUUCCGGAUCGGUCCGACGGGUCGCGAGCGUCAAGGGCGCUCAUGUAGAUAGGGUGUUUUCAUGUUUAGCGUAGGCGUGUAGAGAAUUUAGUCUUAGCGCGAGAAUGCGAGCGGCUUGAGUGGACGUUGAAAAUCGGUGAGAAAGAGAGAGCGUCUGCUUGUCCAUGUAUAUGUGUGCUUGCGCGCGUACGUAUGUGUGUGUAUGCGUGAGAGGCGCGUGUGCGUUCGAACGGGCGUGAUUUCGAGAGGAAGGAGGUGAAUAAUAAUAUGAUGACUACGAUGACGACGAUGACAAUGAUGGAUGAGUGGAUGAACCGAGAAGGGGUGUCUGGCACUAGCGUAGAUCGCGUUAAGUUAGGUAGAUAAGCGAUCCCCCCAUCUCCCCAUCACCCACCCCCUCUGGAAGGAGGGCCGAGAAGGACAUGGUUUUCUCGUCGUUUUCAAUAGAGCGGAGCUGCAAAACUACGGCAGACAACAAUCAACCGGGCCCAGAAUCGCGAACGGUGUCGCCGCGGGAAAGCGGGGGAGCGCUGUUGUUGUUCUUGUUGUCGUGCGCUUGUAUUAAAGUCGCCAUGUUCUAAUUAAACGUGCCGACGGGGUUGUAU